AUGAGGAGCGACUUUAUCGGCGGCGCCAUCGCCAUCCUCUCUGCGUUUCUCUCCAUCUUCGGCGUGAACCUCCAAAAGUACUCGCACGACAAGGAAGAGCUCCGCGCCGUCCCGCGCCCGUACACGAUGCGCCCCAUCUGGUGGGUCGGCAUGAUUUGCGUCGUCGCUGCGUCCCUCGGCGACUUUCUAGCGCUCGGGUUUGCCCCACAGACGCUCGUCGCGUCGCUCGGUGGCGGCUCCACGAUCUUGGGCAACUGCCUCAUGUCGCACUUUUGGCUCCAGCAGAGCCUCUACUUGACGGACAUUAUCGGCGUUGCAGUCGUGUCUCUGGGCGUCAUUGUGCUCGCAGCAGCGAGUGAAGAGGACGAGGGCCACUACGAGAUGGACCAGGUGUACGAGCUCAUGGCGGCCCCGCCCUUUAUCCUCUACGUGCUCGUUACGACGGCGUUCACCAUGACGUUGUACAUGCGCGCGCGGCGAUCGAAAGCGCCGGCGCUGCGGGUUGCGUCCGCGGACAAGGACGACGCGCGGGUGGACGACGUGCAGGAGAAGAAGCGGCAGUUGGCUGCUGCGUUGAGCAAGAAGAAGGCGGAGCAGACGAGCCACGAGGUGACAGACGAGGUGUUGACGGCAGAUGAGACGAAGCCGAGUCGACGAGGCGCCCUCAUGUCGCCGUUCCCGUCGCCUGUUUGUGGAGGUCACUUGUCGCUCUCGCCGCGGGGUAACCAUCACGGUCUUGGAGGCGACGAGGACGAGCAGUUGGAAGAGAUUGAGCUGUCGAGCUGUAAAGUGGGCAAGUACGACGAGUGUGAGAUUGAAAAGCAGACGCUGAUUAUUGAUCCGAAGCUGCCGCUGUACUGGGCCGCGAUCUCGGGCACGAUUGGUGGCCAGUCGGUAUUGCUGGCCAAGUGCGUCGUGGAGCUCAUUUCGUCGACCGUGUCGGGUGAUAACCAGUUUCUGUACUUUGGCACGUACGUGUUGUGUCUGGGCAUGGCGGCGACGCUGUUGACGCAGACGCACACCCUCAACCUGGCGACGAUGACGGGCGAUACCAUGUCGUCAUACCCAGUGUUCCAGGGCUUUUGGAUUACGAUGAGUAACAUUAGCGGUGUCGUCUUUUUCCAGCAGGCGCACAACUUUACCAAGACGCAGUGGAUUACGUUUCCGACUGCGAUCGCACUUGUGGCACUGGGCAUCUUUAUGGUUUCGAAGCACGAGAAGUUUGGUCAUCUCGUCAAGUACUCGAUUGCGAUGCCCAUCAGCCUCAGCAGUCCUCGUCAGCACGACAUUGUGGCGCAAUCGUUUGUCUUUCGUGUGUCGACGCCACAGAAGCUGCACGAGGAAGACUACGCCAGCAGCACGGAGAGCAGCAGCCCGGACGAGCACUCAAGACGGGUGUUGGAAGUAGUAUAA